AUGUCUACCAAGAUUUGGAAUGUUGGCGUUGUUGGCUACGGGUUUAGUGCCAAGAUCUUUCACAUUCCAUUCAUUAACCACGUCCACGGAAUGAAAGUCUACGGUAUUGUGCAACGCACUCCAAAGCCAGAUGAUGACGCUGAGGCAGACUACCUGGGCGUUAAACUCUACCGGACCGCGGAGGAUAUGAUGAAGGAUCCAGCGAUCGAGGUUGUGAUUGUUACUACCGCGCCUGCUUCCCAUUUUGCAUUAUCAAAACUGGCACUGGAGGCAGGGAAGCAUGUCGUGUGUGAAAAGCCAUUCACCCCUACCAGCCGGGAGGCGGAUGUUUUGAUAGCUCUGGCAAGGGAGUGCGGGAAGCUUCUCUCCAUAUACCACAAUAUAAUCGCAGAUCGGCGCUGGGACGCUGACUAUGUGACUUUGUCGAAAUUGAUCAACAAUGGCUCGCUAGGUCGAAUUACUGAAUUCGAGACCCAUUUUGAUCACCAUUUGCCGACACCGCCGGAUCCAGAGGCUCACAAAUGGAGAAAUAAGAUCGUGCCCGGGGCGUCUGCGGUGUAUGACCUUGGGGUUCACCUUCUAGAUCAAGCGCUGCAUCUUUUUGGCCCGCCCACUGAAAUUACUGGGUUCAUUGGUUCUGACCGAGAGGUGAACGAUUCCGGAUUCGAUGACUCCUUCACCAUACUGCUGCACUACACCAAAGGCCUGAAGGUCACCGCCAAAGGAACAGUUGUUAGCCCGGAAGAUGAGCAGUUACGCUUUUGGGUGCGUGGUGAUACUGGCAGUUUCAAGAAGUUUCAUUUAGACAUCCAGGAACACCAACUCAGGGCAGGUAUUAUGCCCUCAGAGAGUAUUUUUGGCCUUGAGCCAAGCGAGAGAUAUGGUAUGCUCAUGGAAUUUCGCCUUUAUGUCAAGUCAGGCAUUUCACUGACAUUUUUCCAAGGUACUCUAACCAAUUUUCAUGAUGGGAAUUACACCAAGAAGGUUGUUUCAGCUGCGGAGCCCCUCACGUACACCCAAUUCUAUCGGCAGCUUGUGGCCGCUUUGGCUGGUGAUGGGGAAGUUCCAGUGAGUGGUGAAGAUGGUCGGCGGGUUAUUCAUUUGCUCGAGCUAGCAUACGAAAGCUCUCGAACUAGACGUACGCUUUCUGUGUAG